CAGGCAGACAUCGUCACUCUGGUGCGGGACCACGUGGAGGUGGUACACAGACUCAGUCAGCAACGAGGAAUGCUGACUCGGAGUGUUUUUCGUGUGGCCGGAAAGGUCAUUUCUCACGUAGCCCUGAGUGUCCAGCACGCGGAAAAAAAUGUUCAAACUGUGGGAAAGUUGGACAUUUUGCUGUUGUCUGUCGGUCGCAGAGGAAGAAGGACAAGGGAGGACAGCAGCGCAGAGUGCAUGAUUUGUCUGCUGACGCAGAGCAACAGGACAAGAGCAAGCAGAGCGCCAGUGAACCAGCCAGCAACUCCUACUCGUGCGAAAUGUACAAUGUCGGCCGAGUGGGUAGUAGCUCAAACAAACCAGUGUUCGUCGAUCUGGAGAUAAAUGGAGAUCAUCUUCUCAUGGAGCUCGACACAGGAGCUGAGCACACCGUCAUUCCGGAGAAGCUGUGGCAAGCUAAGUGGUCAGAUGUGUCGUUGUGUAAAUCGGAUAUUCGUUUGUGUGCAUUUGGUGGAACUGACAUUCCUGUUCUUGGUGAAGCCCGUGUUAGUGUGAAGUGUAAUGCACAGGUCGUUGAGUGUUCUCUACUCGUUGUAAAAGAGGGCUCUUGUGCACUGCUGGGUAGAGAUUGGUUGAGACAUAUUCGUCUCGAUUGGCAAGCCAUUUCAGCGUCUUUGCACACAGUCGAUCAGCAGCCAGAGUCUGCAGAAGUGUUUAGUGAGUUUUCAGACGUGUUUUCUGACACUCUUGGCUGCAUUUCUGAACACAUAGCAGAAAUUCGUUUGCGAGAUGGGGCUGUGCCCCGAUGUAUCCCUGCACGUCCGGUACCGUAUGCGUUACGUACCCAGGUAGAUCGUGAACUUGAUCGUCUAGAGCGUGAGGGCAUUAUUAAGAAGGUGGAGGCUGCAGAGUGGUCUUCACCAGUUGUAGUUGUACGCAAGCGCAAUGGAGACAUUCGUUUGUGCGCGGAUUUCAAAGUAUCCAUCAACAAACACAUUGAUCCACAGCAGUACCCCAUACCAAAUCCCACAGAUCUGUUGUCGUCUCUGGGUGGGGGCAGAGUUUUUUCUAAACUGGAUUUACGGCAAGCGUACGCGCAGCUGAAGCUCAGCGCGGAAAGCCAGAAGCUAUGUGUCAUCUCGACACAUCGUGGUUUGUAUGCGUAUACAAGGUUGCCAUUUGGUGUCUCCAGUGCCCCGUCGAUUUGGCAGCGCGUCAUCGAACAAAUCGUACAGGGUCUUGAUGGUGUAUCUGUAUAUUUCGAUGACUUACUUAUUGCUGCAGGUUCACGGCGAGAUCAUGACAUCCGCCUGAGGCGAGUUUUAGCCCGUUUCCGGAGGUAUGGCAUUCGUGUUAGUAGGGAAAAGUGUGUUUUCCUACAGGACAGUGUUCAGUAUCUCGGGUAUACCGUUUCUAAGAGCGGCAUAGCCCCGAACGACGACAAGCCUUUGUCGGCAGAGCAGGAGUCUGUCCUCAUUCAUGCUAUGAACGAAUUUACCGCCGAUCCAUGUGGUGACAUUCCUCUGUCUGCACCAGAGGUCGCCAAGGCAACUCAAGGUGAUGAGGUAUUGUCGGAUGUGAUGCGAUUUCUCAGAUUUGGUUGGCCUAGUGAUGUAGCAGAACGUUUCGUACCGUACAGCCGCAUUAGGGAUGAAUUGUCCAUUGAACAAGGCUGUUUGCUCUGGAAAAGCCGUGUAAUCAUUCCCAGUACAUUUCGACAAGCUCUCCUGCGGGAAUUACAUUCUGUGCACCUUGGCGUAAACAGAAUGAAGUCAGUUGCCCGCUCAUUCUUUUACUGGCCUAAGUUGGACUCUGAUAUUGCUGAUUUGUGUGCAUCGUGUGAGCUGUGUCAGCAAUUUGCUCGAGCUCCCUCUAAGGAGGCUACACACCCGUGGGUUUACCCCAGCCGAGCUUUUGAGCGUGUGCAUAUUGAUUUUGCCGAAUUUGAGCACCGUUUCUUCUUUGUUGUCGUGGAUGCCUACUCAAAAUGGGUCGAAGUAUUUGAUAUGGGCCGUGAUUCCACUACGUCUAAGACAAUUUCUUGCUUGAUGAAAUUGAUUUCCCACUUUGGUAUCCCAAAGUUUAUUGUGAGCGAUAAUGGGCCUCAGUUCACGUCCCACGAGUUUGCGUCAUUCUGUUCACAAAAUGGCAUCAUUCACAAGCUCACGCCUCCCUACCAUCCAGCAUCUAACGGUCAGGCUGAGCGCAUAGUCCAAGAGCUAAAAAAAUCGUUGAAGACACGUCCGCCCACUGUCUCGAUUGCUGCUCAGUUGUGUCGUUUUUUGUUUGCCUAUCGUACUACUCCGCAUAGUACCACGCGAGUUUCCCCUGCUGAUUUGGUAUUGCGAUUCACCCCGACGUCCCGUUUUUCCAUGUUGCAGCCAUCCUUUGGUGACACGAUGCGUCAGCCAACGAUGUCUUCUGGUCCGCCGUCUCGUGGUUUUGUUUCCGGCGAUCGAGUUUGGUUCCUGAAUCCUGUGCCCCGUGGUGGUCCAAAGUGGCUGAAGGGUGUGGUCCUGAAGCGCUUUGGCCCCCUGACCUACUCCGUUGAGUAUGAUGGUCGACAACGUACUAUACACGUUGAGCAUUUGCGCGCGUGCCAGUCGGAUGGUACUUCUGUUUGUGUCGACACGUUUCCGUCGACUUCUCCACAAGUUCCAGACACGGCUCCUGUGCCUGUGUUGCCUCCGCAGCAGCCAUCCUCUCCGGUACUGCCUGUUCCUUCGUCACAACCUACUAGUCCAGUUGCAGUUUCGAGUCCUCAGCCGUCUCUUCCGUCAUCUAGUACUGCUGUGCCUAGUCCAGCGUCACCAGCUGCUAGCCCCUGUCCGCCUCUUCGUCGUUCUGGCCGUGAGCGUGCUGCUCCGAAGCGCCUGAUUGAAGAGAUGUAGACUCUUCUUUGUACUGUGCAACUUUGCUGUUUACACAGGUUUACACUGUUCCUAUUCCUUGAAUAUGUGACGGUUUGCUCUCAGUUUUUCUCGUUUUCUUUAUUCUAUCGUUUUCGGUUUUCCUUGGUCAAAUGUGGAUACUCCCCAUUUCUCAUUUUAGGGGGGAGGAGUGUUAUGGAUUGCAUGCAUGUUAUGUGCAACGUCACAGUCCUAGAUUACAUGCAUGCUAUGUGUGACGUCAUUAUCAGAUUAUCUUAGCUACUGUUACCAUGCGCGUAGUUACUGUUGCCAUGCGCGUAGUUACUGUUGCUAUGCAGCACUCACUGUAUCUAGAGUGUGCGCAUGUGUGUAAUGUGCUUCUCCUGGGAUCCAUCUUGGCUUCCUGUGCUGCAUGUCUUUCCUCUCUGGUUUUACCUUUACUUCCAUGUUCCCUUUCAAUGCAAUGUAUUUCUAAACUCUCCGAGCCGUGUGUAUCAGUGGAACUGUGUAUGAGUAGUGUGCG